AUGAGCACCCAGCCGAGCACACCGAAACAAGAGCCCGCGAAGCCGCACACGCCCGGAAACGACGCAAAAAGCGGCGAGACCAAGUCGAAGGUUCGUUUUUGUCAAUUCUUCUCAUUUUUCGCCUGUUUUCGUUGCAGACUCCGGUGGUUCCGCUGCCGCACGAAACUCCCGCGGCCGUCCGAAAUCGCCGUCACAUUCAGGCCGAACUGCACAUCGGAUCGCCCUCCGACAGCACUCUUUCGCCGUGCUCCAGCAAGAUUUUCGGAAAAAAGGUGCGGAAUUUGUGUGAACUCAACUGGAGCUUGUUUUUUGGAGAAGCAUUUUUCCGCUAAGCAUCCUAUUUCUAAGCGAAUUUUCAUGAUUCACUUCUAAUUUUGCUCAAUUUUCAGUCGGCAAUUUCGGGCCCGGCUGCGAUCCUCCGCAACAAGCAGCAGUCGACGAUUCCGUUCAAAAUGGACGAAGACUAG